AUGUCUGUCCAGGCGAAGCACUUCCUCAACAACCCUGACACCCUUGUCCUGGACUCCCUCCACGGCCUCUGCGCCCUCAACCCCCAGCUUGCGCUCGACACAGAAAACAAAGUCGUCUAUGUUGCGUCUCCUGACUCCUCGAAGGUCGCGCUCAUCUGCGGUGGUGGUUCCGGCCACGAGCCCUCCCAUGCCGGCUUUGUCGGCGACGGCAUCCUCUCUGCGGCUGUAUGCGGUAGCAUCUUCGCAUCGCCCAACCCUGCCCAGGUCAGGCGCGGCAUCGAUCUCGUCGGGAACGACAAGGGGACCGUAAUCAUCGUCAAGAACUACACGGGCGACAUCCUCAACUUCGGGCUCGCGAAGGAGCAGUACGCCGCCGAUCACCCAGACCGGGCCGAACGCGUCAAGUUCGUUAUCGUGGGCGACGACGUUGCUGUCGGCAAGACCCAAGGCAAGAUCGUCGGCCGCAGAGGCCUCGCCGGCACCUGUAUCGUUUACAAGAUUGCCGGUGCGCUCGCGAAGCGCGGCGCGAGCCUCGAUGAGGUCUACAACACCGCCCAAUGGGUCGCCUCGCGCGUCGGCACCAUCGGCGUCGGGUUGGAGCAUUGCCAUGUUCCUGGAACCGCGGCAGGCGAGUCGCACUUGGGCCAGUCGGAGAUUGAGAUUGGUAUGGGUAUCCACAACGAGCCGGGACACCGUCGUCUCUCCCCGGUCCCUCCGCUCAAAGAGCUCCUCCCUCAGCUCGUGGAAUUCCUCACAACGACCACCGACCCUGAACGGUCAUUCCUUCCAUUCAAGAACGACGGCACCGACCGUGUCGUGCUUCUCGUCAACAACCUGGGUGGCGUGAGCGAACUUGAGCUUGCGAAUGUUGCCGGCGAGGCUCGUCGCGCGCUCGAAGCGAAGGGCGCGAAGAUUGAGCGCAUCGUCUCUGGCACUUUCAUGACUAGUCUCAACAUGCCCGGCUUCUCCGUCACGACCCUGCUCCUUCCCUCGGCGGGCGAAACGGGCGCCCCGGAUGGCUCUCUCCUUCUUUCGCUCUUCGACGAGCCGGCAAACGUGCCCGGCUGGAAGUGGUCUUCCUGUGCCUCGCCCCCCGCAAUCGACACGAUCGGCACCGGUGCGAAGAAAGCGGCGUCGACGACCAAAGAGGCCGCGGCGGUGAUCAGCCUCCGCGCGGAUGACCCGCAGCGGUUCAACGCCGCGAUCGAGCGCGCGUGCAAGGCCCUUGCGGACGCGGAGCCCGAAAUCACGCGGAUGGACAACAUCGCGGGAGACGGCGAUUGCGGGCUGACGCUCAAGGCCGGAGCUGGAGCCGUGCUCAAGGGCCUCCAGGAGGGACGGAUCUCGGGCGAGGACGUCACACGGUCUGUCAUCGCAGUCGCAAAGGUUGCGGAGGAGCAGAUGGGCGGAACGAGCGGCGCGCUUUACUCGAUCUUCUUCUCCGCGCUCGCCCAAGGCCUCCAGGCCAACGCCGCGGGCGCGCAGACGGUCUCGCCCGCGCUGUGGUCCGCGGCGCUCUCGGCGGCGCUCGCGAAGCUGUACACCUACACGCGAGCGCGGCCGCCCAGCCGCACUCUCGUCGACCCUCUCGCCGCGUUCGUCGGCGCGCUCGAGGGGUCGAAGGGCGCGGACUUCGCGGGCGCUGCGAAGGGCGCGGGCGAAGCUGCGCUGGCGACGCGGGACCUCGAGGCCAAGGCCGGGCGGAGCGCGUAUGUCGAGGGCGACCGGCUGAAGGCGGAGCGCGUGGCGGACCCGGGCGCGUGGGGCGUGAAGGUGGUCGUGGAGAGCUUGCUUGGCUGA